AUGACUACUAAACACAGAGCUAAGAACAACGCAAACUCGAACGACAAAAGUUCUUCUUCACAUCAAGAUGACGUGGCAAAGAAAAACCCAAAACCCAGUAAAGCGGACGGAUCUUCAGUUCGGAGUUCUGGCUCGGGCUCGGGAAACAUAACCAAAAUUUUGGCUGCGCUUUGUUAUCUCGUUUUAGUAGUUGGAGCGGGGUUUGCAUCCUUUUAUCUUCAGCAAGUGCUUGAAGAAGUCAACCAAAUCAGGAAUAGAAACGAAGAAUCCGUACAAAAAAGUGCAGAGAUGACGCAGAGAGUGGAAUAUGCACUUCAGCAGGUGAAUUCUUUGAAAGGAUCCUUGGAAGGGUUGGAGUCAGCCCUGGGCAGUGUACAGACGGAAUUGAAGGGAACCAGACAGUUGGUGCAUAAGGGUGAAGCAGAGACACGAAGGGUGGAGGAAGCACUACAGAAGCUGCAGAAUGAGAUCCUGCGUGAUCUCUCUGAGGGCAUCCGGGAGGUAAAGGAGGCAAGGGAACGAGACUUCUCAUCUCUGGAGCACACGGUGGAAGAGAGGCUGGCUGAGCUCAGCCGCUCCAUUGCCGACAGCAUAGCUGAAUUCACUGAGGCCCAAGGGGAGGCGCAGGGCCAGCUGCAGGAGCUUAAAGCCAAGGUGGAGGGGCAUGAGGACCCCACACUGCUGAAACAGGAGCUUACAGCCAUUACCAACGCUGUGGCCGAGCUCCACACUGCCAACCAAGUUGCGGAGGGCAACACUGGUGUACUUCAGGAACAGAUUGCUACAGUAAGGGCAGAGCUCCAGACUAGGAACAAGGAAGUGGUGUCUAUAUCAGAGGAGAUUGAUUCGGUGAGAUCCCUAGUGCAAGGCACAGCAAGUGCACUGAGGCAAGAGGUGUCAGAGGCACAGAUCAGAGUCCAGGCCAUGACUGACAGAGUCCAGAGCCUGCAGAAUGGGCAAGAACAGUUCAGCGAGAGUCUCCAAAGCCUGGAGAAGGAUCUGAGAGAGGAAGAUUCAAAAGUGGAGAAGAGAGUAGAUGAACUGGAAGUUAGGCUGAAGGUGGCAGAGGAGAAUGGAGAAGCACUGGCAACCUCCGGCUCUGAGCAGAACAGCAGGCUAGAAGCCCUCCUCUCUAAAUAUGACUCUCAUGAGAGCUCGCUGACUGCUCAGGGACAGGCAGCAGAAAGAAGCAGGCAAGCUCUGCAGUCAGAACUGGAAGGACUGAAGAGCAGCCUGGCAGAGAUUUAUAGCACUCUGACCACACUGGACAGCACUAAGACCAAAUUAGAAGCUGUGGAAGAGAAACUAGAUGAUCUUGGAGACACCACAAUUUUCAGCCAGACAGUUAAAGACCUGCAAGCACUCAGAACCACUGUGGACAGCCUGGUGGCCAAAACUGACCAGCUGGAGAGUCAUGAAAGGGCGAUUUCUGCCCUACAAAGUGCACUGAAGAAGACCAAAAGUACAGCAGAAGGUCACCAAAAAUGA